AUGACAUUUAAAGUGAAGGAGUUACGAGUUUCCAUUGCAAAUGUGCGCUCUUGCCAGACAAUUAAUUUAUUUAUAGCAUCAGAUGCACACCAUGGACGUCAUCGGAUCCUCCUCGCAUCGAUGCUGAGACACACUGGCAAAGAUCACUUGCCAGAGGAGCUUCUGCCAGCGGCGUCGAUUGAGAACGCCGCUCCAGGGGAGGGAAAUGCACCGCAUGUAAUUUAUGCAACACCAUCGCCGAAGAGUUGUGUUGUUGCCGUCCUGCUGAUCGCCGCCGUGGCUAGCGCUGUCCCAGUCGAGUAUGGACACUAUGCCGCCCCAGCCCUCGUGCACGCCGCCCCUGCCUACGUCCACGCGCCCCUGCACAAGGCUGUGGUCCACGAACCAAUUGCGUACCCCAAGUACUCCUUCAACUAUGGCAUUAAGGAUCCCCACACCGGCGACAUCAAGUCUCAGGCCGAGGAGCGCGACGGGGACGUCGUGAAGGGACAGUACUCCCUGGUGGAGCCCGAUGGCUCCGUGCGCACCGUCGACUACACCGCCGAUGACCACAAUGGCUUCAACGCCGUCGUGCACAAGUCCGCUCCAGCUGCCCACAAAGUCAUUGCCGCUCCAGCUGUCCACCUGGCGCAUGCUCCAGUCCUCAGCCACUAUCUCCACUAA